AUGGGCGUACUCUACAAAGACAACCGGUUGGUGCCGGCGAUCAUCAUCACAGCAGCUUUAUGGCUGUUUUUCAUCCUACUCGAUCCCGUCACUCUCCACCACACACAACGAACACCGCCAAUGGUGCAGGUGGAAUCAGAGCCUACGCAACAACAGCCACAUUGGCAGCCAGAACCUGAAUCAUCGCAAUUAGAGACCCAGAGGUUGCCAGUAACAACACCAUCAAGCGCAACUCAACAUGCAUCCAGCUCGUCGUCCACCUCCCACCACACCCAGGAUGGCAUGCUUUCACCUGACGACGUCUUACUUAUCGUCAAAACUGGCGGCACCGCGAUGUGGAAACGCCUGCUGGCCCACCUCCUCACCACACUUGCGCCAGAGCGUAUCCCGCUUCAGAACACCGUCAUUUACUCCGACAGUGCUGACAAGAUCGGCGCCUACAAGGUCAUCGACAUCCUGGCCAACACCACGGCUGCCACGCUCAACUCGUCAGAGUUCGAUGUCUAUCGCUCUCAGGCGUCAUAUGCGGCCCACAAUGUCUACCUUGAGGCCGCGGGAGUAGAUGGCGACGACUGGGGCCCUCAAGGCGGCUGGAUCGUUGACAAGUACAAGUUCGUGCCCCUCGUACAACACGCUGGGGAGAACUGGCCGCACGCCAAAUGGUACAUCUACAUGGAGGACGAUACAUACCUGUUCCUCCCCAGUGUCCUGAAUUAUCUCUCCGGAUUUGACCACCGCGAGCCCCACUGGCUGGGUAGCUAUGCCGCCAAGUCUGACGUGGUAUUCGCCCAGGGCGGCGCCGGCUUCGCGCUCAGCAGGGGCGCGUGGGAGGCGAGCUUCGGCAAGAAUGCACGCAUGGCGGAAGAGUACGAGCAGUACACCGCGGACCAUUGCUGCGGCGAUCAGGUGCUAGGCCAUGCGCUCAACAAGUACGGCGUCAAGCUUGGCGAGAACGGAGGUGACGAGGUGUUCAGAUACGGCUUCAACCCGCUCGUCCACUGGACGUUCGCGUUUGAGAAGUGGAGCUGGUGUCUGCCGCUUUACUCCUGGCAUAAAGUUCAUGCACGGGACGUGGCGAGGUACUACGAGCUGGAGAGGAGCUGGGACUAUUCGACUCCCUUCCGGCAUGGAUAUUUCUUUACGCAUAUGAUCGCCCCAGAGCUUAAGACGAGGGCUGAGUGGUGGGAUAACAUGUCGGACAAAUUCCGGGUCACAUCAGCCAACGCGGCCAACCCGCCGAUGCCAGAAGGUUUGAAAAAGACCGAGACGUGGGCAGAGGCAUGGGAAUCUGUUGAGGCUUGUGAAGCGGCUUGUAAGGCUUGGGACGAAUGCAUUCAAUGGAGUUUCGUAGAGGAUCUCUGCAAGAUGGACGACAAGGCGAUCAUGGGAAAGGGGUAUGCGCCAGAGAUGUCACAAAGGAAGACGGCCCUUAAAACAACAAGUGGAUGGUUGAAAGAGAGGAUCGAAACGUGGGACUCUCACUGUGAUAGUUAG